AUUAGUUAACACAUUACAAAACCCGUGUCAUUUGCCCCUCACAUGCAUUAAUUUCUCAGGCAAAAGCCCGUUUCUCGGACUGCAGUCGCGCUGCAAUUGGGGAACCUUAUGAAAUUCCAAAAAAAUUAGAGCUGCGCAAAUUCUCAGGUAAACAAAUCUCGUUCAGAUUCACCGCUCCUCUGAAGCCUUCCGAAUCCUAAUGCUCAGUUUAAAGAAGCCAUGUUGUGUCGUAAAGCACUUGCGUAAAAAUUGCACUGCAACUUUAAGAAACCUAAUACAAAGAAAAAAAUAAGACAGCUGAAUCAAGGUCAACUUCGUGUCACGACUCCGCUGUUUCUAUGACGAAAUAUCUUCACCGCCACCCAGCAAACCUCCAAGAACGUUCGGAAAAUUCCAAAGAUGGAGGCGCCCAGGGCAAGGAAUAAACUUCAAAAUGGCGGCCACCAUGCGCCAGCAUACAAGAUGGCCCCGCCCACAGGAGGGGGAGAGUUAAAUCCAAGAUGGCGCCCUCUAUAGUUCCGGUCACUCGGUAAGCGCGUUGUAACAUGGCGGUCCGCGGAAGCCGGCUGCUGCUGGGUGGCGUCCGGUUGUAUAACGCCAAGCCGCUUAAGUUACAUCUGAAGGGAAUUUAUCGGCCGGACCCUGCCGAUCCCCGCACUCCGGCCUGGCAGCUGACCCCCGAAUAUGAAGCCAAGCUGUUUGGGCGCCACGGGCAAGCCUCCGGAGUGGACCCGACCCGGUUGUGGCCGUCGCCGGAGAAGCUGCAGGAAAUGGAAGCUGAGCAGAGAGCCUGGUACCCUUCUUUGAAGGAGAUGCAGCAGUCGCUGGAUGCCAAAGACAGCGAGGCCGAAGCCCUGCAGCGACAGAAAGAUGAGAUAAUUGCUGCCAAAAUGGCUAAAAUGCCCCAGAUGAUAGAAGACUGGCAGAGGGAAAAACGGCAACGCAAGCUCAAAGAACAGCAAGAAAAAGAACGAAGGCGGUUGUUACUGGCUGAGGCCCGGGAGCAAUACGGCUAUCACCUGGAUCAUCACAGUCCUGAAUUUCAAGAGAUGGUGAUAGAGAGGGAGAAGAUUAAACGGAUGGAGCAGAAGGAGGAGAAAAAACGGAUGAGGGGGAUUCAGGCCAAAAAAGCAAUGGAAAACAAAAUUCUUGCCUCAUCUCCAGAUAGCAAGGAGGAGAUGGCUGAACAAAAGGAUACCUAAAAUACUAUAUUGUCCUCAAAAUGGCACAUACCUGCAGAAUCACUUAAUGGUCUCUUGGCAGUCCUUAUUUUCUACCGUAUUUUGAGAAACUGAAGGUGACACUAGUUCAAAAACAUAUAGCAUAUGUUCUCCACCUACUGUUGCCAUGUCCUUUGGAAGAAGUAUUGAUACAAUCCAUAUGAACAAUUUGAGUAAGCUUGUUUUGUGUGUUUAUAAAUAAUCCUUUUUCUGUUUUAAAGGUAGUAUUAAAAAUGGAAGGUAGAGAAUACAUAGCUUAACUCCUAGCUUUCAUUAAGCAAAAUUUCUUAUGGGAAUUAUUAUUUUGCAAAUGUAUUUAAGAUUAAUCAGUACUAGAUUCUUCUCAUUACUAAAUUAUGUAAUUCACUUUUCAAAUUAUAAUUCAAAAAUAUAUUUGAGCUAUGAAUUUUCACAUGCUUUCUAAUUUUGCUACUGAUGGAAACUGUAUUUUAUGUGCUUCUGUUUUCUUACAUGGAGUGUUGUCAUUUUUAGGCAACAGUUUCUUAUUAUGUCAUGGGAAGUAGUAAUUUAAAGUCAUUUGUAAUCAGCUUGCAGUAAAUUAGGUCUGAAUACCCUGUUCCUCUUGACAAUUGGAUUGAGGUGUCUGUGUAAAUACUGUAUAUAUAAAUGGUGCUGCAUCAUCCUGAAGAUAAGGAUUUACUGGGAUCUCCAGGGCUUCAUCUUUGGCUAGUGCUAUUCAACCUAAAGGAUGGACUG